AAAUUAAGAAAAUUGGAAAUAAAGAAACGACGUGUAUCAUAUAUUCGAAGUGAUCGGUUGUGUUGUAAUAAGUUGUUGUAUCCUCGCAGAAAACUUAAUUAAGCAAGGAAAUAGUAAUUAAAUAACUUUUACCAUGGGUUUGACGAUAUCAAGUGUCUUUACAAAGCUUUUCGGCAAGAAACAAAUGCGUAUCCUUAUGGUGGGCCUCGACGCCGCCGGGAAGACCACUAUACUUUACAAACUAAAAUUGGGUGAAAUAGUGACCACAAUACCGACUAUUGGAUUCAAUGUAGAAACAGUGGAGUACAAAAACAUUAGCUUUACGGUGUGGGACGUCGGCGGUCAGGACAAGAUCAGGCCACUGUGGCGUCAUUACUACCAGAACACUCAGGGUCUCAUAUUUGUAGUGGACUCAAGUGAUACCAAGAGAAUAGCUGAAGCCGAGAAUGAGCUUGCUAAUAUGCUAAAAGAAGAUGAAUUGAGAGACGCUGUAAUUCUAGUAUUUGCUAACAAACAGGAUAUGCCCAAUGCAAUGACUGCAGCAGAGUUGACCAAUGCACUAAACUUAAACAACCUGAGAAACCGCCGUUGGUACAUCCAAGCUACCUGCGCAACACAAGGACAGGGCCUAUAUGAGGGCCUCGAUUGGCUGUCGAAUGAACUGGCGAAAAAGUGAGAUUCAACACUCCUUGCAGUCUCCGGGAGUCAGCGAGUACAUUCCCAAAAUGGCUGAAAACUUCCGAUUGUGAAUGUUGUUCAAUCUAUAUUGAAUCCAAAAGACUUUUAAAUUUGUAUGUAACUAAUUAUACAAGGUCGUUUUAAUACUUUUAAGGCUAAAACUUUGAUUUGUUGGUGAAUAUUUAUCAUUUUGUUAGUCAUUAUUAAGAUUUUUGUAUUACAUUUAAAUUAUUAUCAAGACACCCUAUUCAGUUGUUGAACAGAGAUAUUGUAUAUCACACCAUGGUAUAUGCAUUUACAUUACAAUUAACUAUAGGCAGCACAAUUGGAGUGGUAAAAUACACAUUGUUAAUACGAAACUACGUUUAAAUAAUAAAUAGAGACAAUAACUGAAUUUUACAAUGGUCCGGAAACAUAUGGUUAAUUUUAUUAGACAUUAUUUAUUGUGUGUAAGUUACUAUUAUAUAACAUUUAUAACUGCUUUUGUACUGUGAAGUCCUGGGCAUUUCUGUAACACUAUCCAAUGUAAUCCAAUGCCACAGAUAUUCAGCUUUCAAUAAUUCCAAUGAGAUAAAAUGUAUAUAAUGAAAAUCUUUCGAUAGGCCAAAAUAUCUUUCUAUAAUAUUUGAGAAAGCUGUAUUAAAUCCUAGCAUUGGAACUUUGCUAAUGUAUGCUAAAUAUAUUUUAAAGUCUAUAAUAAUAGUGGCAAAUAAAAUAUAGGUGUAAAUAAAA